AUGUCACCGCGUUACCGUUUGAUAUACAUGUUUUCUCAAGCCUCAUCAGGUUGCAGAGGAGCGUUACGUUUCGCCGCGCGUCGUUGUUCAUCCACAACACGUUGCAACGUUUGCGCAAAUAGGCGUCGACUUGUCGAACAUGAACUUCUAGACAGAUCUUCUGCGCUCUGGACGUUUUUGCUUGAUUCAGCAGCUACAGACCUGCCACCGAAUGAUUGCUCGUCGAUGUCGUUUGUCGUAGGAUCACGAGUUUGUUCGUUAUGGCGUUGCGUUGGUUCUUCGCGUGCUGUCCGGCUUCCAGCAGGCGUAUCUAGUAGCACGGUUUGGUUACAUGUAAGACGCCUGUCCACCACAAAAGGUGAAUUGCCGAUUGAGAGCGCGCCUGUGGAUUCUACCGCAAGUACCCGGGAACUGGAUCGAAAGCCCGCUGGCGGCGAAUCCGAGCUGACACUGCCGCGUGAUGGCACUCCUCUGCGCUGCACGGAGGAUCAGUGGCUCUAUAAGCCCACUUCCUCCGAGGUGGACCUGUUCCGUAACUCCACAUUGUUGCCCCCGAGACCCAUUGAUGUGGAGGGAAGUGUGAUAGUUCGCCUGGUUGACCUUCAUUCGGGCGUGACGUCGCCCGUGGGCCAGUCUGUGUUAUACAGCGAAUACGGCAUUAGGCGCGGCGAGCUGCUGCGGUUCAUGUUGUUUGGGUCAUUUUUAAUAUCCGUGUUUUGUUCUCUCGGCUAUUGGCAGCUGCGGCGCCGUGCGUGGAAGGUUGAUAUCCUAAACCGCCGCCGUGAGGCCCUAUCGCAACCUUUGGUUAAGGUGGAGUCAUUUGCACAGUUAGAGAAGGCUCUGGGUGCAUCUGACGACCCUAAUUCGCUAAUCGAGUACCGGUGCGUGGAAUGCACAGGCGUUUUGGACACCAGCUGCUCUAUGCUGGUUGGCCCCCGCCCAUCUUUAUACGAGUCUUAUGGAGCUUCUUCUGGUUACUGUGUGGUGCAACCGCUGCGAUUCCGUGACGGUUCUUGCGUGCUGGUGAACCUCGGUUGGAUGGACAGCGAAAGUGCGCUGAGUGGUGCGGGCUGCCCCGAGUUGGUAACACUACGAGGCAUUUUGGUGGGUGGGGAGAUAAACGAUUCACUAGUGGCAUCGGCGAAGCAGCGUAUCAUUGACACCUACCAAUGCGUGCUAUCAAGACUCUUCGGCUGGUCAUUUCCUCCUGCUUCGUCGUCUGUGAAUCGUCCCCGCCGUUUGUCUCGGGACGACUCCCGUAACGUGUACCGUUACCUGGACCCGUCCAACAUGUCCAGCGAUGUUUAUUCGUCAUCGCUAGAUACUACCAGUCGUUACGCUUUGAAUGCUUACGACGUGCUGUAUCACGACGAUGUCACGGAGCUCCCUGUCGACGGCAGCACACCAGGACACGAAACUGCUGCAACAGAGGAGUCUGCAUAUGUCCCCAAGACCCGCAUCGGCCGUGAUUUGCGCUCUACACGCCCCGUCUACCAGCGCCGGCAGAAGUCCGACUACCUGCUGUUUUACGCGGACCCAGACACGCACACCAACUACGCGUAUCAGUGGUUUCUUAUGGCCGGCUCGAUCGCCGGAAUGUGUGGGUACAAGGUACUUCGCGUGCGUCGAACGCUCCGCGGUGUAACGUAG